CUGUACUUUUAUUCAUGUGAAAAAAAUUAUUGGUUAUCUUUAAUUUCAUCUUUCCUCAUUACAGUUUCUUCUCCUCUGUCUAAUGUGUAGUAUUCUCAAUGGUCGUACCACGAGUGGAGCGAAGUAAGAUCAAUUGGCCUGUGAACACUUCGGGGUAACUUAAUACGUAUCACGUAUUGAGCAGCUGAGUUUACUAAGUCAUCUAGGGAGAGAGCAAGUUAGAAUUAAUUCUUAAAUUAUAUUAUAUUUUAUAAUUGCCUCUAUUAAAUCCAAAUACGAAGUUAAGGAAAGAAAAUUUGUGGAAGAUUUGGGAGAUCUCUUCCACCUUUAUAAAGAGAAAUCAAAACAUGAAAAUAAACAUAUUUCAAAUAUUUAUGGAUUAAUGGAUUUAAAAAAAAUCCAAGUAAAAGAACACUAGAAACUUAUUAUUGGACCUUACAGUGUAAAUGUAGAUCAAGAAAAAGUGUUGGUCAGUCUCAUGUCAUCCAGUCAACAUAGUUUAUCAUUUGUGGAACAUACCAGCCAACCAAUGAUUAAUACAUGUUUUUUAAAAAAAGAAAAUACAUCCCUUCCUGUCCGGGAGAUUAAUGUGCAUGUAAACUAAAAUCUGAUUUUCCAGAAACAUGAAAAAUGACUACUGUCCUUUGUGUUAACACAGACAAUCAGACUUUUGAUUUUGUUGAUCAAGAAAGGAAUAUAAAUAAAAAUAUUGAUAAUGAUGAACUUGGAGAAUCUGUGCUUUUCCAUAAGACCACUGCUCAAGAAGAAAAACAUGAGCCUGCCAUUCCUAUGAGAAAUGAUGUAAAGACUCUGGAGGCUGUUAAACAAAAACAGAAGCAACUGGAGCAAGAAAAUGCCUGCCGUAAAGCUUUAUUGGCUAAAGCUGUUAUAGAAAGAAAAUGUAAGACUAUAGCAGAAGUGCAGAAACUAUCUGAAAUCCAGAAUGAAUUGGCACACUUGGAUUUAAUGUUAAACAGUGAAGUAGCUGCUCUGAGAAAUCGGAUAGAAGCAGCAAGCUUCGAGUUCAAUGAAGCCCAAAAACGAUAUGAUAAAGCAGAAAAGGAAUUUGUAGAGGCCAAGCAAAAACUCUUCAAGAAAAUGGAAAGAAAAGAGCAACUUACUGAAUAUCUCUGCACCAUUAUCGAGCAAAGUGAAGUUCGGAAAGCUAGAAAAUUAACAGAGUUAAUGAAGCAGCUUGAAGUGGAUGACUUAUUGUAUGAAUGUGAGGCUAAUGGAAUGAGCUACAUUUUGCCAAAGCUAUGUGCCUUAAGUAAUGUGACUGAUGCAUCUGCAUUCUCAGAGUAGUACAAAAGACCCACAAGGUAUUUGAUAAAUAUUUUCCUAUUCUUUUAUCAAAACCUUUGUUCAUCACCUGGCAUAAUGACUAGUGUCUACUAACCUCGUGUCAUAACUGCCACAUUAAAAGAAGCUUUUAACUGUUAUUUUAUGUACAUACAAUGGUGCUAAAGUUACUUUCUUUGUUAUGCCAUAAGAAAUUCAGGUUUCUGAAUGUUAACUAGAAAUAUGUUGGAGCAUAAUAAUGGUGCUUUUUUAUGUUUAUCUUAUUUUUUGCUUCAAACAACAUGUCCUUUAUGCUGAUGAUAAGCAAAUAAGAGUUAAUCUUUUGGAACUUUAAUGUGUAUACAAUGUUCAAAGUGAUUUUAAGUUAAAGUAUCACUUUAGUGAUCCCACCAUUUAUUUUGAACAUGAAUGUAUAAUCAUUCAUUGUACUAUCAUCUUUGAAUGGGCAGUUAUAAGCUCUUUCAUAAUUAUCCUAAUAAAUAUCAAAAGUGUCUUAUGCUUCUCUAAUCAUUGCUUGGAGAAACUGAAAUAUAUUUACAGGAUUUCCAACAUGCGAGAAAUUUAAAUAAAUAAAUAAAAAUAUAUUUAAGUGUGAAUAACAUUUCAAUUUAUGGAUUAAAAGGCUGUUAGUUAAAGACAGAUAAUAAAAUAUGAGAUGACGAGUGUUUAAAUAGUUUCAAAUAUUAUACCUAAAUCCAGUGCCUUGAUAGGUAAUUACAACCUAACAAAUUACAUGCAAUAUUUUAUGCUGUUUAUACUGUAGUAUAAUCUUUUGCAGUACUCAAGAGCCAUGGAGCCAGAUUUAUUUUGUUCAUACUUUAAUUGUUGCAAUAACAAAACAUCAUAAUGUGUGAACAGACUGUGGGAAAGUUGCAAUAAUCCUUAGUUGAUAUUUUCCAUCAGUACGUAAACUUAGAUAAUUCUGAAUAGCAUAUAUAAACUGCACAAUUUUUUGUGCAGAAAUGAUUUCUCUGUGUUAUUAAUUGCUGAAUUUGUGUAUAAUUUUGGAAGCUUGUAGUUUUUAUUUUUAGCCUGUAUUGAAAUCAUUUGUAAUAUGGCUUUAUCUGCAUGCAAAGUUUUGAAGCACGUGUAUUUCAUCAACUAAAAAGUUUAACAGUUAUGCAAGUAAGACAAUAUUUGCUAAAAUAAGAUUAUUAUUGUUUCUCUUUCCUUGCCAUAGUUUUUCUUGUUGGCUUAUUCUAAUGCCCACAACACCAAAAUUGAUUGUCAGAGGUUAUAGUAUUUGGUAGUUGAACUAAGGAAAUGACAGAAAAGGUAUUUCUAGAGUCAAACAUUGUUAUUAAGUUGCAUUGAUUGUAAAAUGUCUACUACUAAAUGCUAACUUUUUGAUAUGACUACCAUUCAUAUUUAAUCUUUGUUUUUUUUUUCAUUCAUGACAGAACAUGAUACACAGUUGCACAAUACUGUCUUAUUUUCAACUGUUGCACUUGUAGGUCUGUCAAGGUAACAAGUGUAUCAUGAUACACUAAUGAGUGGAAAUGGCCAGGUUGUAAAAAAAUCAGGAGACGUGAGAUCAUGUUAACUGUGGGUGUAGAAAAUGUCUGCUAAUUACUCGGUUCCUGAAAGCAUGUCCUAGCAUUGUCUUGAGAGUAGGUACAAUUUAUGAUGGAACAUCCUCUUGUAUUCAAAUAUUUUCAUGACAUUAGAAUCUUAAUGCUUCAUAAGUGUUAUUAUCAUAACUUGUUAGGAGCCAUUUUUAAAGGUGGUAUUAAUCCUUGUAUAUUUGACACUAGUACUAUACAGUCCCCUGUAUAGAGGUACAAUAAUUAGCAGUCACUAUCAAGAAUUAGUCUUGUUAGUUCAGCUUCCAAAUAUUUUAGUUGUAUUAUGAAUAGUUUUGGAGUUAUGGGUAUUAAAAUGUCCAACUAACUUUAUCCGUACAUUAACAGUACAAAAAAAAAAGACAUUUUAACUGUGUUUCUUUAGAGCAGUUUUAACUUAAGGUUAAAUUUGCUUUUUGACUUGUAGCAUUAUUUAAAAUGAAACGUUGCUUUUUCUUCAAUUAGAGAAAUGGCUCUAUACUUACAUUAAAGUUUUUAAUCUAGAAAUUGACUUUUGAUUAAUUUCAUUCAAACUACACAUGUACAUAUAUAUUUAUAAAAUGAUAAGUUGGAAAGAUGAGUGGUUGGACACAAUUAAAAUCUACUGCAUACUGGCUCAUUAAUAGAGUAUCUAUGUUUUGUGUUAAAACAGAUUUGGGGCUGUGAUUAUAUCCUUGUAAUAAAAGAACACAAUAUUAUGUGUAGUAGUACUAAAUGGAAGACAAUGUGAGACUGAAGAGGACAAAUGAAUGUGUUGAAACUAGUUUCUCUAAUAUCAAGACUUCUGACAGUUUGUUCCAUUUCGUAUAUCCUAGUAAUACUGUAUUGGAAUUGCAUAUUUUAAUGUUUUGUUGUUUAAUGGCUCUUGUGUACAGUUUUAGAUUUUUAUAUUUGAUCUUUGAGGCCUUCUUAUAAUCAAGGGCUUUAAAGUUUUUGAACUUUCACAAGUUUUUUUUAGAAAUGUUUGUUUCAUGUUAUUCUAGUAAAAACUAGUAUGUUAUGAUUGUAUCAAUACAGAUAUGCAUAUGAUGAUCUCUACUUUUAUAAUACCUGAUACAGAUCUAUUUGGCCAAUAAGUGAAACCUUUCUCAGUGUGGUCAGCCAACACUGACAUAUAGUCCAUAGUAUGACUAGAUCUGUCGUAUUUUUAUAAACAAAUACAUCUGGAUGUAGCGAGCCAAAAUUGUAUUUGUGUCUAGAGUACAUAGAUUUAAAGAAGUGUGGUUGUCAAAUAUUUGACAUUUAAUAAUCUAAACAGGUAUAAUCAUAUCUGAUCAGCUAACUUCUUAUAUACAUCCAAAUCAGUUAAAUGUGUAUGUGAUCAGAUAACAUCUGGUAUAUGUACAAAUUAAACAUAGAGCAGCCAUGUCUCUUGAGAUUUGUGGAAGAUUCCAUAAAAUAUGACCCAACUCAAAGUCCAGACAGGAAAAAACAACACAAAAUAUGUUGCAUGUUCACUUGUAUAUAGAGACAUGUCAUUGAACAUUACUUCGUUAAAAACAUGGCAUCAUAAUAUACCAUGAAAACUAUGAUGAAAAACAAACAACUUAAAAUAUGCUACAUGGAUCUCUCUCUAAUAUUUGCAGCUCUUCAGACAUAACCAGAUGUAAUCAAUGAGGUAUAAUCAUAUUUGAUUAGAUAAUAUCAGAUAUUUAUCCAAAUUAAACAGAUACUGGAAUUCUCAACACGAAUGAAUACUUAUGUGUAUAUGGGUAAGCAUAUCAGAGCCCUCUAGGGUUUAGAUAGCCAACCAUAAUUUUCAACUACUGACCAGAGCAAGGGCAGCCAGAAGCAUGCACCACUACAAGGAUGUUAUGUGGAUGUUUGAACUGAAUGAUGUGAUUGGCUGGCAAUUUUAUAAUGUGCCUACAGCUGAAAGUGUGGAUUGUGAUCACUGGAAUCAUGUCUCAAAUCCUGAACUUUUUUCCAAGUUGACAUGCUAACCACUAAGCCAUGCCUGGCAUAAAAAAAUAAGUAUAAUAAAUGUGUUUAGCUAUCAUACCCCAAAAAUACAGAUAUGAUAAAAUCUAGCAAAAUUUUAAUUUCUUGUAAUAACUGAAACAGUUUUUAAACUUGCAACAGACCCUUGGAGAAAGCUAAUCCACGUGAAAAUAUCUUGUACAAGGUUUUUUAAUUAACGUUAAUUGUUUAUGUUUUCUACAGUUUAAACAAAGGCAUCUUACAUUGACCAUUUGAAGCACCACAAAAAUUACCUGAAAAAAAGGUUUUUCAGUUUUUGUAUUUUAAUAUCCAGAACAGAUGGUAAUGUAAAAGUAAACUUGAUCUGGUAAUACUAACCAAUAUCUAGGUAUUAGUCAUAUUAUUUUGCUUUCUCUAACUGCCUUUGUUGUAGUACAAAUGGUCAUAUAAACAUUAAGAAUUGAUACUUUACAAUUGGAUUUUUCAAAAAUGUAUGUUCUUUUCUGUGGCUUUUUAUGCACCUUUGUAUGUGGAAGUCCAAGCAGUAGCUGACAUUAUGAAUCAGUGUCUUUACUUGGGAAUAAAUUAAUGAUCAAAGUUCUUAGACUGUGUUAAACUACUCAGCACAAAACUCUUGUGAUAAGUGGUGGAGAGAAACACCCACAUUUCCUCCAUUUAAAAAGACUACAAUGUGCCUAUGAAAUUUUAAAGAAAUCUCUUCUCUACUCAAAAAUUGGUAUUUCUAAUUUUUUUAUAGUCUUGUGCUAAAGGAUCACAUGAUGGUAGCUGAGAUAGGCUUACUGUAUGACAUAUAUACAUAAAACCUCCCUUUGAAUUAUUUAUUAUUAAUAACUUCCAUAAUAGUGGUGUACAGUGUGCAACGUUUUCAGUUUUGCUCUGUUGGGACAUUAAGAAUAAUUUAUUUUUUCAGUUGAUGAAUGAUAAUAUGUAAUAAAAAUGGUAAAAUCAACAAACAUAAUUCAUGGUAGGACUUUUAACAGUUAACAAUGUUAAUGAAUGAUAAAAAUUAUCAAUUUGAAAGUAUAAUGGGGUGUUUAAUUCAGUGUGGUUUAGAUGAGUUUUAUUGUUAUUUUAGUAUUAGAAAUGUAGUACCCUGUCUACGUUUAUAAUUUGUUAUUUAUCUAUGGGUUGUAAUUGAUGUGGUACUCUUUCUAAGUUUGUAAUUUGUUUUUAUCUAUGGGUUGUAAUUGGCAUUAAAUUUUCAAUUAUGGUGAUGAUUAGAUAAUUAUGUACUUUCUGGUUGGUUUGUAUCUUACAUAUGGUUGUAUGUUAUCAGAACAGUAACUAUAUUAUAUAUAUAUAUAUUUUAUUUAGUUAGAGUAAGAAACUGUGAUAGUGUCAUUUAUUUUUUUUCAUCAACAUGUAGGUUAGUUAGACAUGAAUUAAAGAGGUGCUGAA